AUGGCUUAUCCACAGAGCAACGGGCAAGCAAAAGUCACCAAACGGGAAAUCAUUCGAGUCUUGCGUGCUCGGCUCGACAAUAUGAGAGGUAGCUGGGUCGAUGAGCUCCUGAGCAUGUUGUGGGCCCUCUGCAUGACGUUGAAGGAAGGGACUGGUCUAACCCCAUUCCCCUUGGUAUAUAGCGGCGAAGCGAUCGUCCCCGUCGAAGUCGGAGUUAAAUCCGAUCGGAUUCAACAUUACGGUGAGGACAACGCCGAGCGGAGGCUUUUGGAGCUGGACUUGGUGGACAAAUCGCGCGCUAAAGCUAUCGUCUGGCUGAUGGCAUACCGACAGAGAAUGAAGCAAAGCUACAAUUGGAGGGAUAAAGAUAGGAGCUUCGUCGAACGGGUGAGCUUACAUUAA